GGUCUUCAUCCGGGAACUCUCAAAAUGUCAGCCCCCGUUAAAAAUAUUUCUAAACAGUUAAAAUUGGGAAAAUUUCUCUGAUAUGUGCUCUAAUGUAAGCCAGUAAGAAAUGUACCUUGCACUAACUGACAAGUAAGAUAGGAAAGUCCAAAGUCCUCAGUUACAACAAAAAAACAUAAUAUGAGUUAUGACCAUAAUAUUAUGAACUUCACGUCCUUCGCACAAUUUUAUUGAUGCUUCUAAUUUUCCUGUGAAGAUUCCAUAAUGGCUGAUGGUCAAGAUUCUGCCAGUUUAGAUGACUUGGAGGAACCAAGCUGGUUUGUCACUAAAAGAAUCAGAGAGGGAUUAUAUCUAACGCAGGAGCCCUAUUUCUUUGAAGGCAAUAGGUGCAACAUAUGGCUGAUUAAGGGUCCACAUAAAGAUGUGGUUAUUGAUACUGGGAUCGGUGUACAGAACUUACGCAAGCAUCUUGAAAAGGAGGCUCUGAUUGAUCCAAUAGAUGGCACUAGGGAGUGCAUUGCAGUGCUGUCACAUGUACAUUUUGAUCAUAGCGGAGGUGCCAAAGAUUUUACGAAUGUUUUGAUUCACGAAUUGGAAGUUGAGGCUUUACGUGGUGCAGUAUCAACGGAAACUCUUAACUAUGUAAAGGCAAGUCAUUUCCACAAAGAGCCUUAUAAAGGGUUCAAUGUUAAUAAAUAUAAAGUGGUGCCAACUGAAUGCCAAUCUGUUCAGGAUGGUGACAAGAUUGAUCUUGGACAGGGGGAAUAUCUCCAAGUGAUUCAUGUGCCUGGUCACACUGGGGGCAGUAUAAUCAUCUACUACCCCAAAUAUUCAGAACUUUACGUUGGCGAUUUUGUGUAUGAAUGCACCAAUGGGAGCAAUCUAUUAGACUGGGCACCGAAUUCCUGUAUGUCCCAUUACUUGGAUAGCGCACGUAAAAUAGCACAAUGGAUAUCUAGUAAUCACAUUCAGAAAGUUUAUCCGGGGCAUUUCGAGAUCAUCUCACCGACGAGAACAACCCAGCUCUUGGAGCAGUACAUAGAGUCCCGUGCUGGAGUGUGCUCCAGAUGCUGUACUGGUUGUUUAAAACCUCUUGUCAAAAUGUAUUUUGCUCUUGGGUGCUUCAAAAUGAAAUGUUGCCCUUGAAAAACGUUAAUGAUUGAACAGCAUUUUUAAAAAUGAAAUCAUCUAAUUUAAAAUACAAGUGAAACCUCUCUGAGUGGAACACCUUGGUAAAUGGGACAUUUUUCAUUCCAAUGACCAAUUGACUCAAUAUUAGAUGAGGGUAAGUUGAACACAUCCAAGUGGAACUCUUUUUAUUAGAGGUACUAAAUGUGCUUUUAGGAUUACUUAAAUUGGACAGGAUAUACUGUUAAUUUAACUGUACAUGUAUGUAGUAUUAACCAAGAGCUUGCUAAAGAAUAAUGGGCAUAUUCAGGAAAACAUAUUUAAUAUGUACAUUGUACCCCAUAGUGCUUUUACAAGUCAUUACAGUCAAUACAAGAGUCCCUGAUUUCCUGAACAUAUACAUAUUAUAUGAUAUCAAUGGUAAUUAGUACUAAGUA